CGGAGCGUUCCUGAGGUGGAGAACAGUGGCCGGUCGGAGCGACUUCUGGACUUCGGGACUCGCAGGCGGGCCGGCCGAGUGGCGCCGCGGAGGCCGGGUUGGGCCGAGCCUGGGAGCGCCGGGGAUGUAGCGGGCCACCCUGCUCAUGCCACAGCGCCCGGCCGGAGCCGGAGCCUGGGGUGGCGGCGGGGGCCCCGAGCGCAGCCCACGGCCCCCGCGCGGAGCCAGGCCCGCUGCUGUCCCCGCCGCCCGCUCCCCCGGCAUGCAGCCCCGGCUGCGGAGGUGACACUUCUGGAUUGUAGCCGCCGCCGCCAUCGCCACCAUGGAUGAACAAGAGGCAUUAGACUCGAUCAUGAAGGACCUGGUGGCCCUCCAGAUGAGCCGACGUCCCCGGGUGUCUGGAUAUGAGACCAUGAAGAACAAGGAUACAGGUCACCCAAACAGGCAGAGUGACGUCAGAAUCAAGUUUGAACACAAUGGGGAGAGACGAAUUAUAGCAUUCAGCCGGCCUGUGAGAUACGAAGAUGUGGAGCACAAGGUGACAACAGUCUUUGGGCAGCCUCUUGAUUUGCAUUAUAUGAAUAAUGAGCUCUCCAUCCUGUUGAAAAACCAAGAUGAUCUCGAUAAAGCAAUUGACAUUUUGGAUAGAAGCUCAAGUAUGAAAAGCCUUAGGAUACUACUGUUAUCCCAAGACAGAAACCAUACUAGUUCCUCUCCCCACUCUGGAGUGUCCAGGCAGGUUCGGAUCAAGCCUUCCCAGUCUGCAGGGGAUAUAAAUACCAUCUACCAAGCUCCUGAGCCCAGAAGCAGGCACCUGUCUGUCAGCUCCCAGAACCCUGGCCGAAGCUCUCCUCCCCCUGGUUAUGUACCUGAGCGACAACAGCACAUUGCCCGGCAAGGAUCUUAUACGAGCAUCAACAGUGAAGGUGAAUUCAUCCCAGAGACCAGCGAGCAAUGUAUGCUAGAUCCCCUCAGCAGUGCCGAAAAUUCCUUGUCAGGAAGCUGCCAAUCCUUGGACAGGUCAGCAGACAGCCCAUCCUUCAGGAAAUCACAAAUGUCCCGAGCCCGGAGCUUCCCGGACAACAGAAAGGAAUGCUCAGAGCGGGAGACCCAGCUGUAUGAUAAAGGCGUCAAAGGUGGAACCUAUCCCAGACGCUACCAUGUGUCAGUGCAUCACAAAGACUACAGUGAUGGCAGAAGAACAUUUCCCCGAAUACGACGGCAUCAAGGCAACCUGUUCACUCUGGUGCCCUCAAGUCGCUCCUUGAGCACAAAUGGCGAGAACAUGGGUGUAGCUGUACAAUACCUGGACCCCCGUGGGCGCCUACGGAGUGCAGACAGCGAGAAUGCCCUCACAGUGCAGGAAAGGAAUGUGCCAACCAAAUCUCCUAGUGCUCCCAUCAAUUGGCGUCGGGGGAAGCUCCUGGGUCAAGGUGCCUUCGGCAGGGUCUACUUGUGCUAUGAUGUGGACACAGGACGUGAACUUGCUUCUAAGCAGGUCCAGUUUGACCCAGAUAGUCCUGAGACAAGCAAGGGCUCUGUAAAAGACCAGUUGAAGGCCUACGGAGCUCUGACAGAGAGUGUAACCCGCAAGUAUACCCGGCAGAUUCUGGAGGGCAUGUCAUACCUGCACAGCAACAUGAUUGUGCAUCGGGACAUCAAGGGAGCCAAUAUCCUCCGAGACUCAGCUGGGAAUGUGAAGCUUGGGGAUUUUGGGGCCAGCAAACGCCUACAGACCAUCUGCAUGUCAGGGACAGGCAUGCGCUCUGUCACUGGCACACCCUACUGGAUGAGUCCUGAAGUCAUCAGUGGCGAGGGCUACGGAAGAAAGGCAGACGUGUGGAGCCUGGGCUGCACUGUGGUGGAAAUGCUGACAGAGAAACCACCUUGGGCAGAGUAUGAAGCUAUGGCUGCCAUUUUCAAGAUUGCCACCCAGCCUACCAAUCCUCAGCUGCCCUCUCACAUCUCAGAACACGGCAGGGACUUCCUGAGGCGUAUAUUUGUGGAAGCUCGUCAGAGACCCUCAGCUGAGGAGCUGCUCACACACCACUUUGCACAGCUAGUGUACUGAGCUCUCAAGGCUAUGCAGCUGCCAGCUGCCACCUGCUGAGCAGGCAAGGGACUGCUGUCAGGCUCAGUGAAGUUGCUGCUUCUUCCAGGCGAGGCUAUGACCGGUGGAGCAUCGGUCCAGCCAUUGUUUGUCUGUGCCCCAUCUGCCGCUGGGACUCAAAGCCAGGAUGGGAUAGCUCUGGCAUCAAGACUGGGAGCUCCAGCCUGUAAGACCCAAGAGCUUUAGCAUCUUAAAGCUCAGUAUGGUGGGAAGGGCUGGGAACAGUAUGCAAGACUGCCAUGGGUCCUGCCUGCCCUCAGAUGCGUCCUAACACUGCAGACAGCACUGAAGUCAAGAGGGACUGGGGCACAGGACGUCCUCAAGGGUAUGAACAGUGUUACUUCAUUCAGAGUGUUACUUUGUUUCUCUCCCAAUGUUUGGAGACCACCAGCGUAUCUCUGGGCUGCAUGAGCCCACCAAGCCUGAGGUAAAGCCCAGCAUCCCCCAGCCAACAGAAGGUAGAGGUUUGGGCUGCCACACUAAGAGCUUCCAGGUAUGAGGUGUCAGUCCUGUCUUACCAAAGAUGAAUGAAGCAAAUGUUAUGCUGCCUUAUUCUGGGAAGGAGGAGCUAUCCCGAUAAGCAGGGCCUGAGAAAUGGAGCUGCCUCCAGAAACUGGGGAGACCCAGUCUUGUCAAUGCAAUUGUCUCUGUUUUACAAGUUGGAGUCACUCUUAUGCUGUUCCCAGUUUUAAAACUGGAGACUUUGCCCUCUGAGCUCUGGAGACCCAUGUGGGCUUAGGCCUUGGACUGGAUGGGAGAGCUGAUGGCCUCCACCCCUGGCCUGCCCUCUGUUCCCUCGCUGGAGCAGAGAAAGUAGACAACACGAGUCAGGGCACCUGGCUCUGGGCAGGCAGCUUAGCAAAGUGUAGGGGGCCGUCUCAGGCUGUCUGCAUCGCAAACCUGUCAGGCCCGAGCCCACUCCAUGGGACACAAAGUCCUUGUGCUGCCACAACCAUGUCCAAAGCCACCAGCUGUGCUCCUCAGCCUGCCCUGUCCACUUGUCAUCAGCCUCAUUCCCUUGUUCCUCCCACAGGGAGGAUGCCAGUAGGGGUUAGGGAAAGAGUUAUCUCCAAGCAGCUUAGAGUUGGCCAUAUUUACCUCAGCCUGGGUGCUGGUCCUUUCUUCCAGCCCCUUUCUUCCCCUCCAAAUGUGCCUAUUUCUAGAGCUCCUCCCUCCCAACUCCCAAAUUUUUGGGAGUUAUCAUUAAAAGAAAGAAAAAAAAAAAAAAAGCCAAUGCCCAGGGAUGGGCAUCUCCAGGGAGCUGGGGAUUAGUGCCAGGCAGUUCUUUGCCAGCCAUGCCCACUUCCCCAUGGGCACAGAACAAGCCAAAGCCUUCGUUGUAUGUUGACGAUGCACUUUUAUGAAUGUAGUUUCUAUCGCUGUUUUUAGCCUUUUCACAUCAUGUAAUGUGAGGCCUUGUACUUGUUAAUUUAUAUCUCAGAUCCAUAUUUGAUGGUUUUUAUAUAUACAUCAGUUCUAGACUGUUACCGGUGAUGGACUCCUGAAGAGAACAGAAUGGAAAGCAGCGGGUUUUGCAGAUAUGUGUGUUGCACGGUGCCAAUUGGGCCUGGGCCCCUCUGUCUUAUUUCCUUCCCUUGGGGGUCUGGCAGGCCACUCUCUAACUGCUCUGAAACCAAUGAGCAAAGUCCUGCUUCCACCUCAGCCUUUGCCCAAAGUAGGGACUGGCCCCUCUUCUAGACCAAGGCUGCCAAAAGGCAGCUGGGCCUCUCCAUGACCCCAUCCUGAUGGCUAUAUAGCACCCCUUAGCUUAGCCCUAUCCACACCCCAAACCCAGAGGAGAGAGAGAUUGGUGGACUGACAAGAUGUUAGAUGAAGCAUCUCUGCUUGUCACAGGUUCAGGCUCUCAUGGAGCUCCCCCAUGUCCCCAUGCGGGGGAGUGUAUUACCUCAUAGACAGUGCUUCUAAAAUGAACUUAAAAGUAAGCCAACAAAUUCUGCACUCCAAAGGGGGGAAAAAAAAAAAAGACACCUUUUUUUGUGCCAAAAACUGUGGACAUGCUGGUUCAGCAUCCUCAGGACCAAGCUAUUAAUUUAUUUUUUUUCUUAUCAACAAAUCCAAAUGACAAGUUGUGGGCCUCCAGGGUGGCCUGGGCCCAAAGGUUAUGAAGGACGGUUUCCUAGCAGCCCUUGGCCUGCUGUGCAGAGAUGCUACUCCACCUUCAUUUGUUCUUCAUUCCAUGGGGUUUAUCUGCCUUCACCAACCCCGCAUGGAAGGGCCAGGCCUGGGUCAGGUGCACACUACCACCCUCCUGCCCCUCCCACUCGCCCAGCUCUGUGUCUGAAUUGUGGAAUGUGCAGAAGAACCUGCAGCCAUAGUUACUGACUAUAUCUUGACUGAGGGCUUGCAGUGCAAAGCCAGGCCAGUGCAUUACUUACAAUAAAAGGGAUCAUUUAUAUCAAAAGGGUCCUGUGACCAUGCUUUCUGGUGAAGGUGGUGGUGGGAAUUUUUACAGGGAUGGGUUGGGUACAAUGCCUAACACCAAGUUUAGGCCUCUUAAAUAGAACUUGAAAUGGCUGCCAAAAGCAGCCUGUGAUAACUUGGCCAAGGUGGUCCCUCUCCUUCCCUCUUAUCCCAGCGUGUCACUGGGAUAGCACUGGUCAUCCAUCUGAGCUGAAUCUAUCAAUAGCUGAAUUCCUAGGCCCAUUCAUGACAUUUUGUAGUCUUCCUGGCCAAGGGGCUUCCCUUGGUCCCUUACAGAACAUCAGUCAGAGGCAAAGUCUCACUAUGUAGCUCUGCUGUCCUGGAACUCACUAUAUAGAACAGGCUGGUCUU